CAGCUAUCUAUUACUUGAGUAGUUUCCAUAUAACAAACAACUAACGACAAUCGCCCGUCGCCUCUAAUGCAAUUGCCAUCUAAUAUCUCAUUCCCAACCUAGAGCCAAUUCCUUUGCUCUCUAUAAUAUGGUCAGCUGAAUUCUGCACCUCUUAUAACUUCCAGGUACUUUUGUACCGUUACUCGACUCGACGUCAACAACAACACACAAAACCCGCCGCCCAACGGCCACAACCGCCCCUCCCCUCGACCCCUCCCCCAAAACACAACAACACAAAUCGCAAUCAUGGCGGAAAAGACGAAAGUCCAUUCGGCGGGCAUAUUCGCCGAUAUGACCGUGGACGGUCCGGAGAUCGGGACGCUGGUCAUUAUCGUGGACCGCGCGAAGAACCUGCCCAACCGGAAGUCCAUUGGGAAGCAGGACCCGUACUGUGCGGCGCGACUGGGGAAGGAGGCGAAGAAGACGAACACAGACCGUCGCGGAGGCCAGACGCCGAAGUGGGACCAGGAACUCCGUUUCACAGUACACGAUUCUCCCGACUAUUAUCAGCUCAAGGUGUCUGUUUUCAAUGAUGAUAAGAAGACGGAUCUUAUUGGGGAGGCUUGGGUAAACCUCCAAGACGUGCUUGUGGCGGGUGGUGGCCAGAACGACUUGUGGCAUACCCUGAAUUGCCGUGGGAAAUACGCGGGAGAGAUCAGAAUCGAAAUUACAUACUACGACACGAGGCCCAAGCAGGAGAAGCCGAGAGAGAGAGUUAGAGAAGGCGCACCGAGCACAGUGGAGGGAGGACCCAGAGAGUCCCUGAGCGGACCCAGAGGCCCAAAGGAGAAAGUGAUGAAGAGGAGACCACUGCCGAGCGAUCCUACGGGCGCAACACCAAGUCCGAUUGAGACGCCGGAGCGGAUAUUGCCACAGCCCACGAGGGGAUAUACAAAUGGAACUCCGGAUCACCCGCCUCAGCAGCCUAAAAUGCAUACUGCGCCAGUACCGGAGUACACUCAAUCACCGCAGCCGAUCGCAUACAACACGCCCGAGCAUGUCCAGCCUGUGCAGCAAAGACAGUAUGCUACCCCUGAGCACGUACAAGUUCAGCAACCGCGGGGAUCAGCAUAUAAUACGCCGCCGGCCUAUAUCCAGACGCAAUCUCCUUUACAAAAUCUGGAGUAUAACACUCCGACGCAUGUCAGGACGCACUCUCAAGUUAUCCAAGGGCGAUAUGGACCUACUGCAAUGGACCAACCACCGCUCCAAACAGACUAUAAUACCCCGCCACCACAUGUUAUCCCGCAAUCUCACAGCAAGCAUGUCUCACCUGCUAUCAAUAGCUACAACCAAGCACCAGGCAUGACGCCCGACAGGCACCACCCACGGGACAUGUACAACGAUAGACAUGACGACUAUGGCCAGCCAGAGAACUACAACGGAAGCAAUGUCUCCAGUAGACACGAGGAUUCUUACACCCGCAGCCGAAACGAUCUUCGGCAGGAGUACGCACCCCAACAAAUGACCUACGAGCCUCCUGUUUCGGAUUACGACCCUCCAUCCAGUCCUGAAGGACCACCGCCGCCACCUCCGGUACACAGGGUCCACCAAACCGCUGCCGCGCCUGCAUCUAGCCCUGGCUAUGGGUUCCCUCCACCAAACCCAACGAGAGAGGCACAGUUUGAUCACUUGAGGCAGGAUAGCCAGAGGCAAUCCAUCCCAGCAUAUUCUCAGAAUGCUCCACAACAGCCACAGCCGUACACUCCUCCGCGCCAGCAACAUGCUCCGGUGCCGGCACCACCACCGUCGUCGUAUGGCCAACAGGACCACUAUCAAGGAGCUAUCUCAAGGCAUAACUCAUAUGAUGAUAGAUACCACAACAGCACGUUCAGCUCUAUGCAACCAACAGUUGAGGAUGCGCCACCAUCGCCCACACCGUACGCUACAGCUUCGCACCGAGCUAGUGAGCCGCAGAUGUCGCAAUAUGGAGAUAGACGAUAUGAUGAUGUUCCAUCCCCGGCGCCUUUGAACUUGAAUGGUGGGGGAAGUACAACAUCUGGAAACUAUAAGAUGAAUGCCAAUUCAUACAACAGCAAUGCGUCGCACGAAGUCAUUGACAACCGGCAAUACAACAACAAUGCAUCACACGAAGUCAUUGACAACCGACAAUACAACAACAACAAUGCAUCACACGAAGCCAUUGACAACCGACAUGCGGAUCCCUAUUAUGACCAGCCACCGCCAGCACGGUCAUACACACAAGAUCCGAUUGAGGCACCACAAACUAGCCCAAUGCCAUCGCUCCCUCCAUCGCUGGUAGCCGGCUUUGACCCCCUAAUCCAGCGCGGGAUCUCCGACAGGAUCCACUCCGACACCCGGCCUAGAGGCGACAGCUACACUCAGUUCUCCGCCGCGCCAACGCACUACUCCGAGUCGCCGCAAUCAUACCAACCCCCGCAACCUCAAUACCGCGAUGACCACUACACCCAACCCCCCGGCUACCCCCCCCAAGCCGCCCCCUCCGACCGCCAAUCCCGCGGCAUCCCCCAAACCUACACCAACGUCAUAAAACCCCAACCCGUCUCCCCACACCCCCCUUCCCCCAACCCCUCCCCAAGCCACACCCACACCAUCCACCGCAAAUCCGUGUCCCCCGCCCCCCCCUCCCCCUCUCCGCGCCCGCUCUCCUCCUCCGUCCCCUUCGGCCCGGACGACUACUCGUCCCUAAACCCGAACUCACCAGCCGCGACAUCCACCGAGCCCGACCCAGACGCUAAAAUCAUCCUCUACGACGGCAGGGAAGUCGAUCCCUCUGACCACCUCCCUGAGGCGUCGUGGGCGGCUCUGCCGCCGAAUCUGCAGAAGAAACUCGAUGCUGCGGGGCGUCAGCGCACCGCGCCCCCUCCUGCUGCUGCGGGGGGGGCGAGGAGGAUGGAGAGGCGCGAGAGACCGAUGAGUUCGUAUGCAGAGCAGACGCCCCCGCCGGCGUCGCAGGGACGCACGAGGUUGCAGAAGAAGGCGCAUAGGGUAUCUGCUGCGCCGGUGGGGGGGUCGAGUCCGCUGGCGCCGAUUAGUCCGAAUCCGAAUCUUUAUCAGUCGACGCCUGGGUCGCGGGACGGCGGGGGACGGAGUCUGCCGAGGGCGCAGACUGGGGAUUGGGGAGGGGGAGAUGGAGGGUAUGGAGGGGGGAUGAAUGGGUAUAGUACGGGUUCGCCGGGGUAUAGGGGACAGGGACGUGAUGGUGGGGGGCCGCCGCCGGUGCCGGGGAAGGUGCCGAUAGGUGGUGUGGGUGCGCCGCCGAUGAGUGCGGGGGGGAGGGGGGAGCCACAGGAGAAUGCGUGGGCGCUGUUGGAGGAGAUGAAGAGUAUUGAUCUUGGGAGUGGGAGGGCGAGGAGGAGGAAGGGGGGGGCGGUUGUUUGA